AUGCCUAUCCUCUUCCUUUACGCGUUACCGCUUAUCCUUAUUCUGGUCAGUCACAUCAUCAGCGUGGUGUACGAAGUCUUUGUCAAUCCUUCGUUAUUGCGCAUUCCAGGACCCUUUCUAGCCCGCUUUACGAGGUUAUGGUAUUUUUCUCGAGUUUGGAACGGGGACUUUGAGACAGUAAAUAUCGCUCUACACGAGCAGUAUGGUCCUAUUGUUAGGAUUUCUCCAGGACACUACAGCAUCAGCAAUCACUCAGACGUAAAGACGGUGUAUAGUGUUGGGUCUAGCUUUACAAAGUCGGCUUGGUACGAUGCUUUCAAAGAUCCCUCACCCCAUGAAUGGUCUGUAUUCACAGACCGAAAUAACAAACGACAUAACGAGACGCGAAGAAAAUUCACCUCCCUUUAUUCUAUGAGCUCUGUCCUCCAUUACGAGGAGUUCGUUGACAAAUGUGCCAACAUAUUCACAGAACACCUAAGUCAAUUCGCGCAUUCUGGGCAAUCAAUUGAUUUUCACCAUUGGCUCCAAUGCUACGCAUUUGACGUAAUCGGAGAAAUCACAUUUGGUCAGCGCUUUGGUUUCCUGGAUGAGGGAAAGGAUAUCAUGGGGGCACUCAGCACUGUUCGAAAGUUGCUUACAUACAGUGCCUUGAUUGGAAUUUAUCCCCAAUGGCAUCCACGGCUGUACAAGAUUCUUGGUCGAUUCACGUCAUCGGGGCCAGGGAGCCGCACCUUUAUUAUCGGCUUUGUGGUGGAUAAACUCCGUCGACUGAAUGAAAUGCGCAGCGAGAGCAGCCAUCAACAUCCUAGCACCAAGACAUCAAAAACCCAGGACUUCAUGGAGAGGAUGGCAGUCGCACGGGACCAGGAUCCGGAGAAGAUCAAUGACUAUCAUUUGCUAAUGAUGGGGGUGUCAAAUGUCAUUGCCGGCUCUGACACCACAGCCAUGGGCCUUUCGUCUAUUAUGUACCAUCUACUGCGGAAUCCAAAUGCCUUCAGACGGCUACGACAGGAGAUCGAUGAUUUUACCAGAGAUCAGCAGUGCAGCACCCAGAUUACGUUUAAAGAGAGCCAACAGAUGCCCUACUUACAGGCCGCAAUCAAGGAGGCGCUUCGCAUGCAUAGUGCCACUGGGCUGCCUCUAUGGAGAGAGGUUCCCGUCGGCGGUGCUGAGAUUAAUGGAUACUCUCUUCCAGAGGGGGCAGUUGUGGGGAUAAAUACAUGGGUUGCACACUACAAUGAGGAAGUGUUCCCAAAUCCGAAGUCCUUCCUCCCAGAGAGGUGGAUAGAGGCGAAAAGUAAUCCAUUAAGGCUGCGGGCUAUGAAUGAGAUAUAUAUGCCUUUCGGUCUGGGCUCUCGAACCUGUCUUGGAAAGCACAUUUCCAUCCUAGAGAUAUCAAGGCUAAUCCCUCAACUCAUUCGUGAUUUUGAUUUUGUGCUCGAAAAUCAAACAUGGACUACUGAGAAUUUGUGGUUUGUGAAACCAACGGACUUUCGAGUGAAGGUCUCUCUAAGGAAUAAGGAAAUAUAG